UCAGGUUUGUUUUCUUGUCAUGUUCUUAUUUUUAAUGCUUAACUACCUAUAUUUUCAGAGUUGUUUUCAUUUUACACAAUAAUUGAUAGAGUAUUUAUGGAAUAUCUCUUCAUUUAACUUUUUGUAGAAAGUCAGGACAUCUGUAAGUUAUUGAUUCAUGAGCUUUACACCUUCUAAUUUUAGACAAAUUAGGCAACUUUUCGGCUUUAGUAUUUUGAAAAAUACUUUUGUUAACAAGUAUUGCUGGACAGUGAAUACUAAAGAAAUGGAAUCGUUAAAAACUGUGAAGGACUUGGGCUACGAUUUUAACGCAGAAGGCCAACUAAGGAAGAUUGGUGCUGAUGGAUUACUAACUAGUGAGCCAUUUCAAUUUAAUGUAAGUGACAAGCACCAAGAAUGCCAGGCCCAUUAUGAAAAGCUUGGAGAUGCCAUUACAAAUUAUAUCUACCAUUUGUUAGAGACUCAGGAAAAUCUUGUUAGAUUGACAGUCCCAGAAGGCUCCUCUGAAGGGACUUUCAUAUUUGUAUCAAAAGACUAUGACAAAAAGGAUGUGUUGAUGAUACUGAUAAAUGGUUCAGGUGCUGUACGUGCAGGGCAAUGGGCUAGAUCACUAAUUAUCAAUGACUGUUUAGACAUGGGAACCCAAAUCCCAUAUAUUCAGAAAGCACAAAGCAAAGGUUACGGAGUGAUGGUACUCAAUACAAAUGAUAAUUGUUUACCAAAUGGAAAGAAAAUUCCACACAGCAGCACAGCGGAAGAACAUGCACGUUAUAUUUGGGACACAUAUGUUGGAAAAGCAAAUGCAAACUCAAUUGUUAUUGUAGCCCACAGCUAUGGUGGUGUUGUGACCCUCACCCUAGCCGAUCAGUUAAAAAAUAAGUUUGAUGAUAGAGUCAAAGCAAUAGCGUUUACUGACUCAGUUCAUUCCUUUUCAAAUAUCAAGAUGUCUAAACAUUUCAAAGAGAUAUCACAAAAUUGGAUUUCCUCAUCAGCAGCUGUAGAUACUCCAAUGAAUACUCCUGAAUUUGAUUGUUUAAGAGUCUCAGCUGGCCAUCCAAAACAUGAGAUGACAUCUUAUGCCUGUAUGGACUCUGUAUUUAAAUUUAUAGAAGACAAACUUACAAAAAAGUAAAGUUAUUUGUGUUGUUAUUAUUAUUGUAUAGGAUUGUAAUUGUAAAUCAAACAGUUUGAGACAUGUUUGUUUGUAAUAAUGGUUUUUAUUAAUAAGAUUAAACUAUAAAAUAGA